GUGAUUCGCAUGGCAGCCAUGUGCUGAGGUGUGAAGGUCUUCAGCUGACCAGGGCAGAGGGUCUAUUGAAUGGAUGACACUAAAGCAAAACAUGCUUUACUGCCUAGGCGUGAACUGCGUGUGAUUGAGUGUAUUGAAGGGUGUAUGCAAACAGUGUGUCACCAGGAAAAAGAGAGAAGGUGGAGCAUUUGCACUAGGUGAAGAAGUGUACAUGUGUAAAAAGGGUCAUAUUUUGUUGUGUGGUGGUUCCUGACAUAUGGAUUAAAAGCAAGAGGACCUGCUGAUUCUGGAGCAGAGACAACCGAGUGAAGGACUGACGAGACAAACGAGAUUUUGCAUUGUUCUAAUAAUGUGAUUUUACCUGACCUCGUCUUUCUGGAAGUUUCUUUUACAAGCAUACUGGAAAAGAAAGAUUUGGAGAACAGUUCUGGUGAACAAACACAUGCACAACAACAAAGCUUGAUAAUAGACGUACACACUUUAGAAGUCCAGCAAGACCUUGAUUUUGCAUUGAAAAAAUCUUCUAGCAUGAAUGGACAUGCCAACAAGACUGAAUCAAUGCAAACACAAAAAUAAAAAGGAACUUAAUGGAAUGUUGAAGUCUGCAUCUAAACCAUAAAAUACUUGCCAUUAAAGUGCCUUGCCUGAAAAAUGGAUAGUUAUCCUGCUAAUUCAUUCUUUAACAACUUCACUAACCUUUUCAAUCGUCUAGAGAAAAUUGAAGAGACACCGGUUUUUUCAUCCUUUCGUUCUCUAUCUAAGAAAAAUACUGAACAUCAGAACAUCAGCAUCCAAAAACCUCAAACUAUUCGAUUUGAUAAUGAUUCAUCUGUUGAACAAGAUUUCAAAGCAAUGGAUGUUUCUAGUCAAAUUAAUAGCAGGACAUCAUCAGAAAGAGAAGUCUUAAUAGAGACAGAGGUUGUUUUGGCACAAACAGUUCAGCCUAGAGAUGAAUGCAACAGCCAUAAAACUCUGGAUCAGACAUCUUCUCUGGUGCAAAUAAGGGACAAUAAUGUUGAAACUCACAUUAACACAAGCAUGGACAGAGAUGAAAUAAAAAUUCAAGAAAAACCAACUGAUACUGGAAAGGAAUUCUUGGUCAUGGGUCUGCCAGUCAGUAUGGAUCAAGGCAAUUCAUGGAAAGAUUCAUCCUUGACAUGCCAAGGUGACCAAAAGGUAGCAGAUGGUCAAACUGACCUGCUGUCUGAAGCAUCUGGCCGGGAAUAUAAUGAUACUAAUCUGAGUAACAGAGCAACAGCGGAGAGCAACAGAAGUGGAGAUCUCUCAGACUGUAUCACCAGACAGAUUGCAGAGGGAUUACCAGACAAAGUAAUGCGAGAUGACAACACAACUAAUAACACCAAAAAAGAAGUGUUAUCUACUGCAGAGUAUGAGGGGAAAUGUCAAGAAUGGACAAAUAAAGUUAAAAAUAUGCAGACCUCAGGAACUCAGGAACCAUCAUGUAUGACAGAACAUGAGGAACUUUACUCGGAGAGUACAUUUAAAACAAAUUCUACAGACAUCAACAAUCCGAUCUCUGCUGUAGGGGUCUCAGAUCAGGCAGAUGACGCCAUGUCUACUUUUAAAAGUAAUUUGGUUAUACCUGCUGGAGACUUAGGUACAAAGACAGAGUGUACACACUCAGACACAGGCAAUAAUAGGAUCCAGCCAAAAGAGGAAUUCUGGAGCUCCUUAAUUCCGGACACAUGUAAUGGAUGUCAGGUGGCAUCAGAUAGACAUUCCUGUUCAGAAACUGGAGACACAUUCCUGAAAGUCAAGUCUGAUCAAGUGCUAGUAAAAUUAGAACCAACAACUCCAGACAGCCUCAGUGAAACACAAAAGGAGAGUGGAACAGAAUAUGUACAAGAAUCGAGUAAAGUAGAAAUAAAGCAGAGUGGUAGACAUGAUAGAGGGGCAAUAAUGAUCGAUGACAGUGAUAAUUUGGUACAAAUAGAGGGAGAAAACAAAGAAAUAAUGAUGAAGGAAGAGAAAAUGGAUACAUUACAAGAAGAGAGCAAUUUAGAAACCUCAGGUGAUAUGUCUGCUCCUGGCAUCCUAGAAGAGCCACUAAACAAUGAAAAUGCUUCUAGGCCCAACAAAAGAGUUACCUUCUCUCCAGGUCUAAGGUUGGAGAAACCUCCUCAACUACCCUCCAUCUUUAGUGGGCUGAAAGGGUUAAAAAAAGAAGCGCAUGACCAACAGAAAAAAGCAUUAACCCUUGAACAACCUAAGAGUCCUGUCGUGACGAAACAAGCCUCUGUUAGACGGGCACUUUUCUUUGAGAAACCUUCCAAAAGUGAGGCAAAAGGAAGCAUCCUUGAGCAGCUCUCACAACUCCUGAGCUUUGAUGCUGGCAAAGUAGGAGCAAAAAAAACACAGGAACCCAUAGCAAGUCCUCCGCUCUCACCUAGCAGUGAGGGUCCAGAAGAAGAAAUGCCUCCAGGAGAGGAAAGUGUGAAGGGUCCUGAUGUUGCUUCAGAGGAAAGUGGCAAACUAACGAAUACAGAGACAACCCUCAAUGCCUUUAAGGCUUUCUUUACCCCUAAACCAGCUAGGAGGAACACCUCAGACAAUAUCGACCUGGAUGCUGUAAAGAGGGCAUUCAACCCAGAGACAAUCCGAUCUAUCUUUGACAGAAACUCUAGCAAGUCUCCAGACAACAGGAACAUUUCUGAUAAUAAAUCUCUGGAGAGUGAGGAGAGGACACCAGGGCGUCUGCAGGCUGUCUGGCCUCCUCCAAAGCCCAAAGAUGAGGAGGAAAAAAUUGGGUUAAAAUACACAGAGGCUGAGCAUCAGACAGCUCUUCUCCAUCUGAAAAGAGAGUGCAAAGAAGAGCUGGAGACAUUAGAGGCGGACUAUAAGCUCCAGCUCUACCACCUCAGACAGGAGAAUGAAGAAUCUGUGUCCAGACUGGAAGCAGCAAUUGCGGAUUUGAAAAAGGCUGCCAAGUGUUCGAAUAGUGAACUCAGAGAUGCGGCUGUGUCAACAGAAGACUACUUCACACCUCGCAUUUUUCGAACUGUGUGCAUUCAAACAGACCGAGAGACUUUUAUUAAGCCUGUUGAGGAGCCAGAGUUAAGCAAAGACCUAUGCCCUCAACCAAAUGUGCCUAAAAAACUUGAUCUUGCAUCAAUUAGUAGUAGUCUUUCGAGCAAGCAGGAGCCUGCACUGCCUCCAUUACUGCCAUUGCCAACACCACCACCACUGUCUGUUCAGUCAGGACUUGAUAGUGUAACAGCUUCAAAUCCUUCACCAUCGCUGCCUGGUCCUUCUGAGAGUAAUUCAAAACCUGCUCAGUCAGACGAGUGCCCACCACUCACACAAGCCAGUGGUCCACCCCCUCCACCACCACCUCCACCAAUAAUCAAUGCUGGUCUUUCUCCUACCCCACCCAUACCAGGCCCUGUGCCCUCCCCUCCCACUGGAGGUGGAUUGUUUCUCUCUAGAGCUGAGGAGAGACCACAAAGAAAGCCAAGAGUGGAACCCGUCUGUCCAAUGAAGCCACUCUACUGGACACGGAUACAGAUUCAAGACAGCAGAAAUGAUACACUGUGGAGCACACUGAACGAGCUGGCCAUAAUAAAUACUAAUGAGUUUGCUGAGUUGUUUGCUAAAAUGGCAUCACCCGCCAAAAGGAAACCCCUAUCUGAGGCCUACGACAAGACAGCCAAAGCCAAGAAGAUCAUUAAGGUGUUGGACAGCAAACGUUCUCAAGCUGUGGGAAUCUUAAUCUCAAGUCUCCACCUGGAGAUGAAGGACAUACAGCAGGCUAUUUUGAUGAUGGACAACUCUGUGGUUGACCUGGAUGCUCUUGAAGCCCUGUAUGAAAAUAGUGCUCAGCCUGAAGAGUUAACGAAAAUAAGGAAACACUACGAAACCUCAGAUGAAGAGCAUGUCAGACUGCUGGACAAGCCUGAACAGUUCCUGUAUGAGCUUUCUCUGAUUCCCCAGUUCUCUCUAAGAGCACGAUGUAUCAUUUUCCAGUCUACAUUCACUGAUGCUGUUGCAUCAAUCCAGCGCAAAUCAAACAUGGUUCUCCAUGUGUGCAAGGGACUACUGGAAAGAGACAGUGUAAGAGAGGUGCUGGGGCUCGUCCUUGCAUGCGGGAACUACAUGAACGGAGGGAGCAGACACCGAGGUCAGGCAGACGGCUUUGGAUUUGACAUUCUCCCCAAACUCAAAGACGUUAAGAGCAGGGAUAACCGCAUAAGUCUGAUGGAUUACAUAGUGUCUUACUAUCUACACAAUCUCGAUAAGAAUGCUGGGACUGAAAACUGUGUGUUUCCAUUGCCUGAGCCUCAGGAUGUCUUCCUUGCUUCCCAAGUUAAGUUUGAGGAUUUAUCCAAAGAGCUCCGAAAACUGGGCAAAGACCUAGAAGGUUGUGAGACGGACGUGCAAAGAGUGUGGUUAUCAUCACCUCAAGAAUACAUCUAUCCCUUCAAGGAGAAAAUGGAAACUUUUAUCUCCAGUGCCCAGAAGGAAAAAAUAGCAACCGAACAUCAUCUCAUAACUGCCCAAAAAUGCUUCCAGGACCUGGUGCAGUACUUUGGGAUGAAGCCUCGUUCUGGCGAGCAGGAUGUCCUACCAGGCCAUGUUUUUAUGCUCUGGUUUGAAUUCUGCAAUGACUUCAAGACCAGAUGGAAGAGGGAGAACAAGGCCAUUUCCAAUGAGAGACUAAAAGAAGCCCAGCAGUCAGUGCGCAACAUCACAGCCGACAAAAAAGUGGAGACCAGGCAGGUCCAUGCAAAUGGCCUGAAGGAAAGAUUGCGUCUAAAAGAAGCAAGCUUAUCCAGCACCUGAGACUAACACAACAGACCCUCCACAAUGACUGUAUACUUCAUAUGAUUUAUAAACUCAAGUCUGUUUUUUUUUUACUUUAUUUUCAUUUUGUAUCUGCAUGUAACUUAGGCUUGUUUCUGCAUAAAAAUGAGAUGUACUCCUUCUGCUUGGACACUCCUGAUUGAAUGUGAUGAUUAACAUGAAAUCAGUUCAUCUCAGUUCAAUUUUAUUUUUGUAGCACUUUUAGCAAUAA